UGUUUCAGUGUCUCUGCCUUUUUCCCCCUCAUCUCUCCCAACUUUCCCACAUUAAACACUUGGACCAUAAAAGGAGACGCAGAUCUUCUCCCUGCGCCUGAAUCAGCAGCUCAAGCCGAGGAGGAGCUCCGCUGGGCCGGCAGGAGCCCGCCAGCCGCUCCGCAGAGCCCCAAGCCCCCCGAAGGAGUCCGAAUGGACCCGAGCGGACCCGAGCCUCCACCUGCCGCUGCACAGCGCGCGCCUCCCGCUCAAACCGAGCGAGCUCCGCACGAGCGCCCAGCUCAGCCCGGGAUUUAACCAGAACCAGAAGCGGGUCAUUUCUCUCUUUUUUACAAGUUUUCAUCCAAAAACUCUUUUUAAACUAGCGGAACCGGAGCGGUUUGGACUCUAAAACACAUUUAAAGAGUCCCCCCCCUCCCCUCCCCCCCUUCCCCUGACUGGAUCAAAGUAAGUCCCGCUGUUAUCCGCAGUGAACGUUCUUUUCCAUUUAAACAUCUGACCGCUUCCCAGCAUGAGUCUGCGGACUAACGGCUCCCUGCCGGACCUGUUCCACCAGAACUCCUCCUCCAAUCGGACCGGGCCGCCGGACCCCGCCGCUCCACUGGACCUGAGCCGGGCGGUGCCGGUCGGAAUGGUGCUGGCCUCCUUCAUCAUGUUCGCCAUCGUGGGGAACAUCCUGGUCAUCCUGUCGGUGGUCUGCAACCGGCACCUGCGGACCCCCACCAACUACUUCAUCAUCAACCUGGCCAUGGCGGACCUGCUGCUGGGCACCACCGUGCUGCCCGUGUCCGCCACCCUGGAGGUUCUUGGCUACUGGGUGUUUGGUCGGAUCUUCUGUGACAUCUGGGCGGCGGUGGACGUGCUGUGCUGCACGGCCUCCAUCAUGUCGCUCUGCGUCAUCUCCAUCGACCGCUACGUGGGCGUGCGCUACCCACUGCAGUACCCCAUGGUGGUCACCAGGAGGCGCGCGCUGCUGGCCAUGCUGGGAGUCUGGAUCCUGGCGCUGGUCAUCUCCAUCGGGCCGCUGCUGGGCUGGAAGCAGCCGCCGUCACAGGAUGACACGGUGUGUGUGAUCACAGAGGAGCCUUUCUACGCCCUGUUCUCGUCGCUGGGGUCCUUCUACAUCCCGCUGGCCGUCAUCCUGGCCAUGUACUGCCGCGUCUACGUGGUGGCCAAGCGCACCACCAGGAACCUGGAGGCCGGCAUGAUGAGGGACCGCGCCGAGGACUCCAACGAGCUCACCCUCAGGAUCCACUGCCGGAACCAGCAGAUCCACGACCUCUGCCCUCCCGCCAAGGCCGCAGGGGGCGGAGCCUCGGCCGGCCGGGGCGCUCUCACCGUCAAGCUGCUCAAGUUCUCACGAGAGAAGAAAGCUGCCAAGACGCUGGGCGUGGUGGUGGGCAUGUUCAUCCUCUGCUGGCUGCCCUUCUUCCUGGUUCUGCCCAUCAGCUCGUUCAACAGCAGCCUACGACCUCCAGAAACGCUCUUCAAGGUCAUCUUCUGGUUGGGAUACUUCAACAGCUGCCUGAACCCCAUCAUCUACCCCUGCUACAGCCGCGAGUUCAAACAGGCCUUCAUCCGCAUCCUGCGCUGCCGCUGGAAGAGCAAGCGGCAGGGCUGGCAGGCGUACUACAACUACCGCUGCCAGCAAGGGUCAAACGCCUCGUCCUUCCUGAACGGCAGCCAGCAGACGCUGUCCUCCGCCGGCCAUAGCCCCUGCUGCGUCUCCACCAAGCUCCGCCCACCGCCUUGGCCCUCCGCCGCCAAGCGCCCGCUGCCCGGGUCGGCGCCAAGGCCCGGUCCGUUCCCGCUCGCAAAGGAUGCUGGGAGGCCGGGGACGGGGCCAACGGCAUGAGAAUCACCAGAGAGGAAGAGGAACGACACGGGGGAAACGCCCUCUGAGAACAGACAGGAAGUGAUGUCAUAAGCACUGACCAAUCAGGCUCUCAGUCUCAUGGACGCACCUGGCUCCUCCAAUUCCAGGUGUAGACUAAGAACUCCACGCUUUUAUUGUGAAGGAGGCAAUUAAGAUCAUGUAAAAACAGAACCGGAUCAGAUCUGCAUUUUAUUUAAUUUAAUCAGAGAGUUUUUAUUAAUAGGAGAUAAAUCCAUAAUGAGUCAGUUUAUCUGCUUAAAGCUGUAAAAUAAAUAAAGCAAAUAUACGCCGAGUUUAAACUGAUUUUAAGUACAGAUUCUCUUAAACUUGAUAUUUAUUUAUUCUGUUUUACAUUGUGAUGAAAACGUUCAUAUCCUUGCAGGCUUUUAUUGUGAAAGUAUCAGUGGUUGUAUUAUGACUUUUAUUGUGAAGGGUUUUUUAUAUCUCAGUGUUGAAUUGAAUCCAGCUGUGCCCCCCAGAUGUUCCUGCAGCGACCCGAGGAUGAAGAAGUUCUAAUGACGUUUUGAUGAAGUUCUGAGACAGGCAGGAAGUUGGGAACUGUUAGUUUUAACCUGGUUGCAGGAAGACUGCUGCUGUGUUCCUGCAGCACCACCUGGCGGACAGCGGUAGAACUGCAGCCGCUUUGAUUCUCUGUUUUAAUGUUUUUCUACUUCCAGCAUCAGCAGGUCUGUGUGAGUUCACCUCCUCUGUUCGGUUCAAUAAAAACCUGUUUGCUGUGUUGUAAA